AUACACUCUGGAAUAGAAAUAUUUGAGCAGUGGGGAUUUAGGUUAAGUUAAAGGCAGGAGGUCUUCAGUAUAAAAAUGUGUUUUUCUCCACGGUAAACUUCACAAUGACAAAAGACUACAACAGAAAAAGAGGCACUUACACUAAAUACUAGGAGAAUGCUGCUCCACAACGCAGUAACUGUAUUACUUGUACUGUGCUUUACUUCAUACACCAAUGCUGAACAAACCUGCCCUGAGGUGAAACUGGUGGGUCUGAAUAACCAGGAAAGGCUGACUAUCCUUCAGGGAUGUCCGGGACAUCCCGGGGUGCCGGGGACAAAUGGCAUUCCGGGGAUCCCGGGCAGUAAAGGGGAACAAGGUCCUUUGGGGGCUACAGGAGCGAAAGGUGAACCUGGAGCCUUUGGGAAGAUGGGUCCAGUUGGUGACAAAGGAAUGAAAGGUGAACCUGGAUCAAUUGGAAAUACAGGUCCACAAGGUGCCAAAGGAAUGAAAGGUGAACCUGGACCAAUUGGAAAUACAGGUCCACAAGGAGCCAAAGGCUCUAAAAACUGUAAGGAGCUGCUAGAACAAGGACAAACGCUGAGUGGCUGGUACACCGUGUACACAGAGAGCAACAAAGGCAUCAGUGUGUACUGUGACAUGGACACAGACGGAGAGGGCUGGCUUAUCUGA